ACACUCAAACAAAUCACACAUUAACUUUUCUUACUUUUUUUUACACAAAGAUUGGCGUUAAACUUAGUCAAAGCAUAAUUGUUCUUUAUUUCUUUUUAAUAAAAUCCACAUUCACCCCACCAACCCAAAUUAAAAGGUCCAUUAAUAAUCACCCACUAAUGCAACAAUUACUUCUAGUAUCUUCACAAUAUUAUUACUUGUUGGGUCCUCUUUUGUUUUAAAGAAUAACCCAAUAGAGACACCAGAUCUAUUAUUAGAUUUAACAGCAACAACAAUAACAACAACGAUAACAACAACAACAACAACAAAGAAGAUGCAUACCAAAACAGACUCAGAGGUUACUAGCUUAGACGCAUCAUCCACCACUAGAUCCCCUCGUCGACCAGCAUACUACGUUCAAAGUCCAUCACACGAUGGUGAGAAAACAACAACCUCCUUUCAUUCCACUCCUGUUAUCAGUCCAAUGGGUUCUCCACCUCAUUCCCACUCUUCCUCAAGCCGUUUCUCUGGUUCCCGGAAAAUCAACAACCACCGUAACAACAACAACAACAACAACAAACAUUGGAAAGACAUCGAUGUCAUUGAAGAAGAAGGUCUUCUUCAAUCACAAGAUCAUCAUCAUUCUCUCACUCGUCGUUACUAUUUCCUCGCUUUUGUUCUUGGGUUCUUCCUUUUGUUUACUCUUUUCUCUCUUAUCCUUUGGGGUGCUAGUAGACCCAUGAAACCCCAUAUCACAAUCAAGAGUAUAAAAUUCGACCAUGUUAGAGUUCAAGCUGGUUCAGAUGCUACUGGUGUGGCAACUGAUAUGAUCACAGUGAAUUCAACAGUGAAAUUCACUUAUCGCAACAAGGGAACAUUCUUUGGUGUUCAUGUCACAUCCACACCGUUAGAUCUUUCCUAUUCAGACAUCAUAAUUGGUACCGGAAAUAUGAAGAAAUUUUAUCAAUCAAGGAAGAGUGAAAGAUUAGUGAAUGUGGCAGUGAUGGGAAGCAAGAUACCAUUGUAUGGAAGUGGUGCUGGUCUAAGCAGCACAACGGGUAUGCCAACAUUGCCAGUGCCAUUGAAAUUGAACUUUGAGAUACGAUCUAGAGCUUAUGUGCUUGGAAGAUUGGUCAAACCAAAGUACUACAAGAGGAUUCAUUGUUCUGUGGUUUUUGAUCCCAAGAAGAUCAAUGUUUCGGUUUCCCUCAAGAAUUCUUGCACAUAUGAUUGAGUAGUAAGAAGAAGCACAUGGAAAUGGAAAAUUAAAUUAAAUAAUAAAAAGUGAUUCAUUGGUUUAUAGAAAAAAAGAUGGAAAAACGCGUUUUUGUACAACUUUUGGCUGCAUUAACACUCCACAUUAGAAAUAUUGGAUUCGGUGGAAACUUGUGAGUUGUGAUCACUAUUACCUUUUUUUUCUUUUUCAAUUAUUUUUGUCCCAUAAGGUUAAGGUGUAAUAAUGUAUUUAAUCAGAAUGUUGUAAUUUCAUUUUUAUUUAAGGUAAUUAUAGUGUAAUUAUAGCCAAAAAAAAGUUGAUUUUUUCGUUGAUUAGUUUGUGAUGUCGGUUUUGUACUUAUUCUAAGCUCCACAUGUAAGGGCUAAGUCCCUGAUUGUGAAAUAGGCAACUUUUUUCCACACAUAUUGCCAAAUUUCAUACAUAGACAAAAAAAAA